AUGAUCGAGUUAAAACUCAAGGUUCAAAAGCUGUGGUCCCUAGUGACCGAGGAAGUGGUGCUCGACAGCUCUUGGAGCUCCGCCAAGAAGCGUCGCUGGAAAGAGCGUUGGCUCAAAGCCCAAGCUGUUAUCGCUGGGUCGCUUGGCCCCCGAUUGGCUGGUCGUUACAGGCGACUGUUGGUGAGCUGCGACCCUGUGGCUCUAUUCCAGGAGAUCGAGAAAGAGUACAAUGCGGGCAGCGCCGCAAAGAACGACAUCCUGAUCAAGGCCGCAAUGUUUGUGUGCAAGCUGGCCAAGGGGGAGCGCGUAGACACCUACAUCGACGCGAUCAUGCAGCUACAAGAGGAUCUCCUAGUGGGUGCGAGAAUGAAGGCCAGGGAGCUCGAGGUUGGUAAAGUGCGUGGGCGGCUUUUGGCGCGAGAGCAGGAAGAGAAUAUGCGUGCUCCGGCCGGAGGC